GCCACCUUGAAAGAGUAUAAGAUGAUCUGUUCCUGUCAGCCAAAAUGUCUGGAGCCAACAGCUCCAGCCUGACCCUGGGAUUCUUCAUCUUGAAUGGUAUUCCUGGCCUGGAAGCUGAACACAUCUGGAUCUCCCUCCCAUUCUGCCUCAUGUACAUUGUUGCUGUCCUGGGAAACUGUGGGCUCAUCUACCUCAUUGGCCAUGAGAAGGCCCUGCACCGGCCUAUGUACUACUUCCUGGCUCUGCUGUCCUUCACUGAUGUCACCUUGUGCUCCACAACUGUUCCCAACAUGCUGUGCAUAUUCUGGUUUGACCUCAAGGAGAUUGACUUUAAUGCCUGCCUGGUGCAGAUGUUUUUUGUCCACAUGUUGACAGGAAUGGAGUCUGGGGUACUCAUGCUCAUGGCACUGGACCGCUAUGUGGCCAUCUGCUAUCCUUUACGCUAUGGCACCAUCCUCACCAACCCUGUCAUUGCCAAGGCUGGUCUUGCCACCUUCUUGAGGAGUGUGAUACUCAUUAUCCCAUUUACUUUCCUCACCAGACGUCUGCCCUAUUGCCAGGGCAACCUCAUCCCCCAUACUUACUGUGACCACAUGUCAGUGGCCAAGGUCUCCUGUGGCAAUGUCAAAGUCAAUGCUAUCUAUGGUCUGAUGGUUGCUCUCCUGAUAGGUGUGUUUGACAUCUGCUGUAUCUCUGUGUCUUACACGAUGAUCCUGCGGGCUGUAGUGAGUCUGUCAUCAGCAGAUGCCCGCCAUAAAGCCUUUAGCACCUGUACGUCUCAUAUCUGUGCUAUUGUAAUCACUUACGUUCCUGCCUUUUUUACUUUUUUCACUCAUCGCUUUGGAGGACACAGUAUUCCCCACCACACACACAUCAUCGUGGCUAACCUUUAUCUAUUACUUCCUCCUACCAUGAAUCCGAUUAUUUAUGGUGUCAAAACCAAGCAGAUUCAGGAAGGUGUAAUCAAGUUUUUACUUGGGGAAAGAAUGGCUUUACCUAAAGCAAAUGAUGCAUAAAGUAGAUUUCUUGGCAUGGAGAUAAGAAGAUAGUGAAAAAGAAAUUCCUCAAAGGGGUAAAG